CGGAAUUAUUUGCUAAGAUUAUCCAACCAUCAUCUUGCUUGUAUUCCCCGCUCUGCCGUAGCGGCUACGAAGAGUUCACUUCGUCUCUUCUCUGCCUGAGCCUUCGCAAUGAGCUUCUUUGGCUUUGGGCCGGCUGCGGAGCUGGACAUUGCUCUGACAGAUGGGGAGAGCCGCCGGCGGGCGGAGCAUAAAACGGAGGACGGCAAGAAAGAGAAGUACUUUCUGUUCUACGAUGGGGAGACCGUGUCCGGUCGAGUUACUGUCAAUCUCCGAAACCCGGGCAAAAGGCUGGAGCACCAGGGGCUGAAAAUAGAGUUCAUAGGGCAAAUCGAGUUGUAUUAUGAUCGUGGAAAUCACCACGAGUUUGUAUCUUUAGUGAAGGAUUUGGCUCGACCUGGAGAGAUUUCUCAGUCUCAGAGCUUUGACUUUGAAUUUACCCACGUGGAAAAGCCCUAUGAAUCAUACACUGGUCAGAAUGUUAAAUUAAGGUAUUUCUUGCGUGCAACUCUCAGUCGCCGUCUUAAUGAUGUUGUAAAGGAAAUGGAUAUUGUUGUUCAUACCUUAAGCACUUACCCAGAGCUAAAUUCUUCAAUCAAGAUGGAGGUUGGUAUUGAGGAUUGUCUUCACAUUGAGUUUGAGUACAACAAGUCCAAAUAUCACCUCAAAGAUGUCAUUGUGGGAAAAAUAUAUUUCCUCCUUGUACGAAUUAAGAUUAAGCACAUGGAAAUAGAUAUAAUUAAGAGGGAAACUACAGGAACCGGACCAAAUGUUUACCACGAAAAUGACACAAUUGCCAAGUAUGAGAUCAUGGAUGGUGCGCCAGUAAGAGGGGAAUCAAUACCUAUCCGGCUAUUCUUAGCUGGUUAUGAACUGACUCCAACUAUGAGGGACAUCAAUAAGAAGUUCAGUGUGCGCUAUUACCUAAACCUGGUGCUUAUAGAUGAGGAGGAAAGGCGUUAUUUCAAACAGCAGGAGAUUGUGUUAUGGCGAAAAGGUGACAUUGUAAGAAAGAGUAUGUCCCACCAAGCAGCCAUUGCCUCUCAGCGAUUUGAGGGAACAAGUCACCCAGAGACCAGACCACAACACAGCGGUGCUGCUGCAGUUGAACAAGAGCAUGAGUGACAUCUUGUCCUAAAACUGGCAGGUCUCACUGUUCAGAUAUGAAUGGACUUCUCCUAUUCCACUCACACCCCCGUGCCUAACACCUUGGCACAGACUAUCAGUGGUUCAUUGCUGGCAAAGGGAUGAGACCAGUCUCUCAUACCAGGCAAAACAAAUCCUCUCUUUGGGCUGCUAUUUUACAUUCAGCAAAAUGGGGGAAGGGCGGAGUAUUUGUCCUUUCACAUUUUCGUUUUUUUUUUAUGCUCUCAUUGCCUUAUUAGUUUAUUAGGCUUAUCAGCCUUAAAACCCCAAGGUUUUCAGAGAUCGCUCAAUUGGGAGAGCAGCAAACAGUAUUUUAAAUCAGCAUUUUUACAAAUGAGACAUGCCCUCUAAUUCUUAGCUUCUGUUUUACAAGUGCUAGGAAAGCACCUUUCUAUGCCUGUUCUGCCCACUUUACCCAGUUCUGAUCACUCCUGGGGCACCAACAGUCUACAUAACCUCUUCAUUGUUAGAUAGCAUAGGAUUGUUUAAUUAUAUAAAAUCUCAAAAUAAUUGGUUAUGCCAAAAUACUGUGUUUCCAUUAAUAUUCCAAAUCAUUCCAAAAUGAAAAUGGCAUUUUGUUAAGCACGUCUGUUGUCAAGGGACUGGAAUAUUGGGGAGGGGGGGGGGGCCAGAUAAUAUAUUUUUAAUGCUUAUUCAUUUGAAUUUACUGGCAAAUCCCCUUAAAUGUAGAAGCCAUGGUGGUUGCUGCAAUUGUUUGUCACCAGCCUGAAAAAUGGUUACAGCUACUGCAUACCAUCAUCAUUAUUGACUGGUUUCUAUUGGUUGUGCCCUUAGAUGCCUUAGAUGUGCUGCACUGUUAUAGCCAUCAGAUAAUUCAUAAUGUAUUCUUAGUACAUAUGCAGAACUUUUUGUAACAGAGGCAAAGCAACAUCCCACAAUUACAAUUUGGUCACAAUUUUCUGUGAAAGAUAGCGAAUCAGCCUUGCUUUAACCAUUGAAAAUAUGAAUGAUCAAAUGGAUACCUUAAAUUGUUUUUAUGGACAAUGUAUUUCACAGUAUUUAAAUUCUGUAUCCGGCACCAAUAUACAAAUGAAAAUAUAUAUACAUGUUAAUGUGAAAUGGGUGGGUUCAGAUAAAAGAAAUUAGCACUUUUUAAUUUCCCACUCUGAUUUGAUGUAGUCACAAGCAUCAAACCCACUAUCUCUAAAUAGAAAUAUUAUUUAAGUGGUCCACACUUAUGUGUGCCUCCUUAUAUAAUGCUAAAGUGUUAGCUCUCUGGAGCAGUGCCUGCAUCAUUUUAUAAAGCACUGCAUGUUAGUAGUGCUCAAAACUCCAAAUCAUUUUACAUAAUUUAGUGAUAAGCUCUUCGCUAUGGCCACGCCAGAACUUCACAUUAUCAUUCCAGCUGCAGUGUUUUUCAUGUGUUUGUGUUUUAAAUGUCUGUUUUAUGUUGGUUUUAUUCGUAUCCGAUUAAAAAAUAUUCUCAGUAAA